AUUGCAUUCGCUAAAUUAACAAGUAGUUAUUUGUUAACGCAGUAACAUCCUACUACAGUCUGCAAGAUGGGACAAUGCUUAUUAGGGGAGUCCGAGUAAAGCGGGAUCGGCGACGACAGACGACUUGGCCGCGAAACUCGACCAUCUCCACAUCAAGCAGCGGCGCCCUUGGUACCUCUCGCUGCUGGAGACGCCGCCGGUGUCUGGAAGAGCUGACGCCGGAGAUGGAGCGCCUGAAGGAGGUGAUGGGCUUCACGUCCUUCUUCUCCCCGAAAGGUAAACGGCUCCUCGUUUGUCCCGGAAAAGUCCUUCGCUGCGCUGACCUUUGGGAUGUGUUUGGGGGUUUAAAGGGCCUUUUUGGAAGCUUUAUUCCUUGGUUUGCUUUUGGGUCUUCCUCCUCCAUCUACCGCGUGUGA